AAACAAAAACUUGUUAACACACUGGUAUACUAAAGACAUAGCUUCCUCUAGAAUGAUUAAUUAUCACUCGAAUCACCCCUGGACGCAAAAGAGGAACACUGCUAUCAAUCUUAUAAAUAAAAUCCACGCGUUGAGUGACCAGGAGUUCAGAAAUGCAAACAACAAAAAGAUAAAGGACAUAUUAUACAAAAACGGGUACCCUAAUAAUAUCAUAAAUAAACUUAUAGCAACAGCAAUAAACAAACGAAAGUCAGCAGGCAUGAGAAUUGAAGCUGUAAAUAAACAUGAACACAAAAAAUUCGCAGGAGUCACAUAUAUACAUGGAUUAACGGAUAAUAAAACAUUACUCAAAAACAUUCGCAACGAAAAUAUAACCUUUGCCCACAAACCAAACCACACACUAAGCACAGUUUUCAGCAAAACAAAAGACAAAAUCAACAAGGAACAACAACACAAUGUUGUUUACGAAAUAAAAUGCAAAGGAAAGGUUGGCGAAACCUGCAAUAAAGUAUAUGUAGGCACGACAAAGCGAGCACUUGGCGUCAGAAUCAACGAACACCAAACUGACGCAAAACACAAAAAGACAACAACAGCACUAGCCCAACACUUAACAAUUAGCGGACACGCAGCAGACUUCGAAAACACCAAAAUAUUAGACGUAGAAAGGAGGGAGAGGACAAGAUUAACAUUAGAAGGUCUGCGAAUACAACAAAGAAUACAGGACGCGAUGAACUUCAAAGAAGACGUGGAUGACAUAAAUUGCGCAUACCGGGCAGCAAUUGGACACAUUCGACGAGCAGAUAAGCGAUAAACAACAUUAAGCUGUGAUAUUGUUAUGUAGAUUUAUUUAUUAGUGAUGUCCAAAUAAAAUAUGUUAAAAUAAUAAUUGUGCCAAAUGUGAUGCAAAUGUAAAGAUGUAAGUGUGAUCAUGAAGAAUUUUAUUGGUAUAUGUGUGUAUGUUAACUAAUUGUUUUGAUAUUUCAAUAUGUAACAUUGUAUCUAAUGGUUGUGUUUUUUAUGUUCUUAAUGUUUUAUUCUAAAUAAAUAAAAACAGACUCCCUGAAGAAGGCGAAAAAUAACGCCGAAACGCGUAGGAGGAAAAAAGGAAACUUGUUUUUGCUUUUUUAAAAUCACCGGCCGGAAGAGCUCCUAAAAUAACCUAAAGA